UCGUGACGAACCGUCGAGAGCUGCCACACACGCCACUCAGAAUGCGCUGCGCGUCGUUUUUUGGUCUGCUGUGUAUUUCCAGGUACAUCGGUGUCGUGCUCGCGAUAUGCACCGUGAGCAAACACGAGAAAGAUCCCAGCGAUCGUAUACAAUGCUCGAACGUCACCAUGAACGAGGUGCUGAAUCAAACGUCGACGGACGUGUCGGCGAUAAUGAUCUUCAACUCGAAUCUGCGAUACAUCUCCAAGGGAGCGUUCGCGAAGUACGCGAGAAGCUUGCAAUCGUUGAACAUUCACAAGUGUGAGAUGCGUGACAUAAACUCGGACGCGUUCGAGCAGCUGUCCAACUUGAGGAAGCUCAGCCUGCCCCUCGACAACAUAACGGAAACGAAGGUGGAAUGGUUCAAGGAUCUGGUCUAUCUGGAGCAACUGGAUCUGUCCUUCAAUCGGAUCACCGUGCUCCAGCCAGCGAUUUUUGCCAAACUGCCGCUCCUCAAGCGCCUCGACGUCAGAGAAAACCGUCUGACAUGCUUGGAACCGACCGGGUUACCAGGAGGCAUCGAUAAGCUGUACUUCUUUGGGAAUCCCCUGACUUUCAGGUGUCGUGGAAAGCUGACUCUGUGGAUGCGGGAUCACGGCGUGAGCUACAAGACCGAGCACAGCGAGAAGGAGAUGUGGUUGGACAAGCUGCUUUGGCGCUGCGCCAUGGACGACCCGGUCGUUGCCGAAUCCGAGGUCCUGAUGAAAGAAUGCGUUAUCCUGAAUCUAUUCAGCCAGCUACGAACGGGCCUGAGCACUGCGGUAUCCUAUCCACUGUCCGUGUCCGCGGAGUGCGCGAACAUGAGGAAUCUUUUAACGAGAUGCAUAGAUAACGAGACACGGAAAUACACGACGAACACCAAUGGAAACAUGAUCAAACAACUCCUGCUAUAUUUGCGUAGCGCCAAGUCAGUUGUCUGAGAACCGAGUUUGUACAUAAUUUCUAAUUUACCGGCUCGCGCUAAAUUGUGUAUGUUCCUACAAGAUGU